UUUUUUGUUUAUGUUUAUUGUUUUUGUUCUUUUCUCUCUUUGAGGGUGAAACACACUCUCUGUGGUAAACAAAUCAUAUAAAAACGAGAGAAUGAGAGAAAGAAAGUGUAUGUGUGGGAGAACAUUUUUAAUAUAGGGAUGAGAUUUCUGUGGUUGGUAAUUGUAGUAGUUGUGAUUACUGUGGUGGGGCCGACUAACACACUUCGUCGGAUGAAGAGAAAAAUAGCUGUGUCUGCUGCUGCCACUGGGGGCAGCACAGAGUGAGAGUUUUGUACUCUGCUGACUGGGCCGUCUUGUGUUUUUAUACUAUAUAUUUGUGAGUGGGACAAUAACAAAAAAAAAUAACCAACGCCACGAACACGAAGAAAAUAACAACAAAAAAAUAUCAAUACAACUCAUCAUAUUAACAAUACCGUCAUCGUACGUACAUAUACACUACUACUAAAUCAACGGCCAACGCCGAACGAAUGAAUGUCGUAUAACGAACGCAGAAUGAAUCGAAUUUUUUCCAAACAAACGACAGCCAGCAGCAAGAUAAUCAUUACAAAAGGCGUCGUUGUUGCAAAAACAACGUUUUCACCGCACUCUUUUACAUACUUGCAGUGAAAACGAACCAAAAUAAAAUUUCUUCUAGUUGUUUGUUUUAUUAUUAUAAAAAUAUAUAAAACUAUGACUUUUUAAAUGUUAUACAUUAACAAUUUUUUUUUGAAAGAUUGUGUUAAAGAAAGUAUUCCUUUGUGCAGUGAGGAGGAACACUUAUAAAACAAAGCAAUAUUUUUAAAAUAUUGUGUGCUAGUGUGUGUGUGAUAUUGGAAAACUAUCACAAAAAUUUUUAUGUUUCCAAAAAACGUGUUUUCCAAUUAAAAAGAAUCUAUGCGAAAAUGUAUUGAUUGAGUGAAGAUACACAAAGAAAGAAGAAAAAAACAAACACAAAUUUUCUAUGACUAGUCAAAUACUAGCAAAAAACAUGUGGUUUUGAAUCACUGCUUAUAAAAAUAUAGGUAUAUGUACAUAACAAAAAAGCCUGACAAAAGUGAAUGAUAAUUUUUACACAACAAAAGAACGAACAGCAGAGUGAAAAGAAUAACAAACAAAAGCAAAUUGAAACAAGAACGUUUCAGAGUGUGUCUAUAUAUAAUUAAAUGCAGAAUUAACAUAAAAAGAAUAUGGAUUUAAACAAAAAGUAGAAUGUCGCCAGACAAUCCCACACAAAUAUUGACGUCUCAUGAUUUAAAUCAAUUCCGUACCUUACAAACCGUGUCAACAGCCACAGUUGUGGCAGCCGCAAAUAGCCUAAGGACUGUGGCAGGUUCAAAUAUUAAUCAGUCUCAGCAGCAGCCACAACCGCAUCAACACGCGCCGUCGAACAAUCUAAAUAUCACAUCAACAGGAACGAGCACAAAUAAUUUGAGCAACCUUCUAGCAGCGGCCUCUAAGGUCAAUAAUAACAUACUGAAUUUGUCUUCUGCAGCCAACUCGUUAUCUCCAACGACGGCAGCAUUUAAUUCAACAACAAUGCCGGCUACUUCAAAAUAUGUUCUCUUGCAACAAAAUCGUAAUGGCCAAUUUACAGCAUACGAUGGGACCACCACAGCCAUAACAACCACCAAUAUAGUAGGCAGUGGCAAUAGCAACAAUAAUGGUGGCGGUGGUGGUGCUGCUCCAACCACAGGCAAUAUUGUGCUGUUGGCAACUGAACCAUUGGAGGCACCCACAUCUUCGUCGUCGGCCACCUCUGCUGCACCCGGCAAUAUGGAUCAUCAUCACAGUCAAAACGCCAACAAUGCACAUCAUCAUUUGCCACAGCAGCAGCAUCAUAUAAUUUCAUCGCAGUCCUCGGUGGCAGCUACAAAUGAUAAUGAUGAAGAAUUGCACUCUUUGUCCUGGUUGAAUAAUUCCAAUUUAAUUAAGGAAAUUGUAACCACAACAACAACAUCUACCAGCAGCAAUCAAACAAAUCCUGUAACAUCGAAUACAGCCAAGCGCACCUUGUUUGGCAAUAGCAAUAUUUGCAUUGUCAAUGCCGCAAAUGCCCAUGAUUUGAUUGAGGAGUUGCCCCAUCACGUAGCCAGUGAGGAACAAGUGAUAGCCACAAAUGCCUCCACAAACUCUUCAUCGGUGGCCGCAGAGUUGCCAGCAGAGACACAAAUCACCACGUUGAGUGUUAGCGAUUUUCAACAGCAAUUUAAACGUUUUAGCGCGAGUGACUUAAAGGAUGCCAAAUCACAUACAGUUUACGGUAAUAUAGCCGCUACCACAACAGUACAUGUGGGCCCAAGUGGCACCACAACCGUAGUGGAAUAUAAAGCUGGUGCAAACUUUCUACCAGCUACCCGUCAGAUAUUGAACAAUUCCAAUAGUGUGGGCAGUAUAACACAAAUCAAUGCCACCAAUCUGAGCAAUAGUCAAUCUUCCUUUGUGCCUUCUUCUGCAUCAUCCUCAUUCGCAUCAUCAUCAUCAAAUACCGCAUCUGCUGCAACAGCAAAUACAUUAUCCUUGGUGUCUACGGCGGCGGCGGCAACAACACCAGUGCUAGUUGCUACAGGGUCCAAACAAUUAACGCUGCCCAGUACCACUUCAAUCGUUGCCAAUGGCAAUGGUGGCGGCGGUGGUGGUGUUACUAAUGGCAACCUGGCAACAAUGACAACAAAUGGAAGCAGUUCUUCUAUUAACACACUUUAUCAAGGUCAUAAACAGCAAGUGCAAUCAAACAAUGGAGUUUCAAAUACAACACCCAUGUCGACGACCAGCAGCGGAAGUACAACCCACCAUCCCCACAAAAAGUAUUUAAGGGAGAAAAUGAACGUUUUGGAUCAAGGUGGAGGCGGUGGUGGCAUUGUUAUUGGAUCAUCACCCACAUCCUCGACAGCGACAGCCAAUAAUGUUACUAAUAACUUUAACACCAGCAACAGCGGCUCCGUGGCAUCGUCCUCCUCCAAUCUUGUCACAGUCUCCACGUCUCUUGCAAUGGCAGCCUCAGCAGCGGGUUCUACUAUUACAGUCGUUUCUUCACCUGCCUCGUCCAAUACAUCGCUAUCGUCCUCUCUUUCAACAGCAGCUAUCAACGGUGGUAGCAGUCCACCAUUGAGCAAGACAUCCUAUUUCACUUUAAGUGGUUCUUCGACGCCCAUAGCUUUAAACUAUAGUAGCUCAAACUCAUCUACAACAGCUCCAUUUAUAGCGGUUUCAUCUACUAACUCUUCAUCGUCCGCUGCCUCGCCCACAACAUUAAGUACCACGGGUAUUCCUGCUGGUUAUACCUUAGUCAGUCAUCCAGCAUUACCACUGUCGGUAUCAGCCCACCAUCCCCACCAGCAGCAACAACAAAUUGUGGUUUCUUCGCCAAAUCUUAUGGUUUCACCUGAAACACAAACGCAAUUACAACAACACACAACCAAAGAAUAUUAUGCGCUAACUACCACUCAGCAGUUGCAGCAACAUUUGCAACAACAACAACAACAACAACAACAUCAAGCAAUACGUAGUCCUACCUCCUAUUCAAGUUAUGAUAAUGAUUCUCUUAAAGAUUUCGAAAUACAAUCCAACAGCAACUUGAACAUUUCAAGCCAAAGAAUAAAUGGAUCAACACCACAGCAGCAGCAGCAGCAGCAACAGCAAGCUCCACUUACGCCAAAAUCCUCUUCAACCAGUUCGCUAACAAUUAAUACUAACACCUCAAUUACCAAUAACAUUAACAACAACAAUCUAGUUACAACACCACAAAAACAAAAACAUACCAAUAAAGUGCCAUACGAUCCCUUGGUACAUACCCAUAAUAAGCCUCCAUACAGUUUUAGUUCCUUAAUUUUUAUGGCUAUUGAAGGAUCACAAGAAAAGGCUUUGCCAGUUAAAGAAAUCUAUGCUUGGAUAGUACAACAUUUCCCAUAUUUCAAAACAGCUCCAACAGGCUGGAAAAAUAGUGUGCGUCACAAUCUGUCACUGAAUAAGAGCUUUGUAAAAGUCGAAAAGGCACCAAACAUGGGUAAAGGUUCAUUGUGGCGUGUGGAACAAUUACAAAGACAAAAUCUUAUACAAGCUCUCAAUCGCUCACCAUUCUUUCAGAACUCUUCAGCUGAUAAAAUCAGUUUGAAAAGUCCUGGAGGAGGUUCAAUGAUAUCAUCACAAGGUUUUGACGUUUUAGAUGGCUCAAAAUCCUCUACAACAUCAUCAUCAUCACAUAUCAAUUCACGCUUUGAUCCAAAUUUAUUUCCAAAUCUGUCGAAAGCUAUCAAGGACAUUAGUGAUGUGGUGCCCGAUGUCCCCGAUGAUGAAUAUCCGUCCGAUUAUAGUACAACCAACAAAACAAACAAUGCUAAUAAUCUUUCCUCAACUCCUCAACACAAUAACAGCAAUAAGUAUGCCAAUUGCAGUGGUGGUGCUAGUGGUGGUUACAUCAAUACUAGCCCCAUACAGGGACAAACCACAAACGGUGUUUUGGGCGGAGGAGACGCCUGCCAAAUAAGCAACAACAACAACAAUAAUAACAAUAAUAAUAGUAAUAAUAAUAAUAAUCCUUCAUCUGUAAUGGGUGCUUUCAGCAAUUAUGAGAGUAUUGAGCGUUUAGCCCGAGAUUGUGGUGUGGAUAGCAUAGAUGAUGUUAAUGCGGCCACUGCCAUGUUGGCAUUGAAACACGGACCAAAAGUUUUUGCUGAAACCUUUCAAAAUGGGGCACCUGUUAUAACCUCUUCACCCAGUGAAGAUCAUACAUAUUCCGCUGGUGGAGGUGCUGGAAGUGCUACAGGCAGUGGUGCAUCCACACCCUUGCUAAACGGUUGCUCGUCAUUGAUAUUAAAUGGCAAUGGACAAAUACCAUCAUCUCAUCAAGGCUGUGCUGAUAAUCAAAGCAAUUGUGCAUCAUCGGAUGCUGCCUAUGAAAGCAGUGAAGAAAGCCACAAUGUGACACCAGAAGAAUUGGAAGAUCGACAACGCCAUCGUGAUGGUGUGGAUGCCUUACUUUCACUUUCUUUAUCCUCAGGUAUUGAUACUAGUUCUACAACCACCAAUAGUCAAAACUCCAGUCUUAGUUCUAACUCACCGAUUAAAAGACCACCUUCUACCACCGUUGAGGAGGAACACAUAUCCAGCAUGGAUAGGGAUAACAACAACAGUAGUUAUCAACAGCAUCAUCAUCAUCAUCAAUUAGCUCAAGCUCAUAAUAUGAGUAAGAUGGCUAUGCUUAGUACCGCAGCAGCCAAUCUAUCAUAUGUUCCCAUCAAUGGCAAUAAUGGCCGACAUACUAACAGCAGCAGCAGCAGCAGUACUCCAUCAUCAUUACUCGAUGAGGGUUACAGUACGCAAAGUUAUUUCGGUUCAGCCAAUUCAAAUGGAACAACAACAACAACAACAGCACACCAUCAUCACCUACAUCAUUAUGGGACUGCACACACUCUACAUAGUCAUGGUUUGACAACGACAAAAAAGCCCAAAACUUUACGCAGUUUGCGUACUAAAAUCAAACGCAAAGCAACAUGGAUGAGAUGAACCUGGUAAGAGAAGAAGAAGAAUGUUAUACAAAAACCUAGAGUAGAGAGUAGAGUAGAGACAGACAGAUGAUUUGCAAGAAGAGUUCUAAACAGAGUUUAAUUAAGAAAUUAGCUGCCUUUUUAAUUUGCAAAAACAAAACAAAACAAAACAAAACACAAGAAAAACAAGAACUAAGGGUAUUUAAGCAACUCCCUACUUCCCUAACUGUUUACCCAACUUCCAUCCCUUAUGAGAAAAUACAAAAGAAAUAUCUAAGAAAAUACAUACAACUUUUAUGAAUAAUAUAUAUAUACAUACAUACAUACAUACCUACACACAUAGAUAUAAUAUAAGUAAUCUAGUGAAGAAAAUACAUAAAAAUUUGUUUAAAAUGGAAGAAAAAUGUUACCACAAAUUUUAGCCUAUAAGUGUUUUGCUCCAUUUUGUUUUUAUUAUAAAAUACACAUAUAUAUAUAUAUAUAUAAAAUAUAUUUAUAUAUUGUACUUUUUCUUAUGAUUUUUUGAUUUUUUUCCUUUUUUGCUCUAUUACUCUAUUGUUGUAUAAGUUUAAACAACAACAAACCAAACCUAUUUGUUAUUAAAAUAACAACAACAAUAAUAAUACCAUAAAACAAUUAUGAAAAUGUUUCAAUAUUUAACUAUGAUUAAAAGUGUUAAAAACGCAUUAUUACUAUUAUGAUUAUUAUUAUUAUUAUUAUUGAGGAAAAUACAUAACGUGUGCAUAAUUACAUUAUAUAUACAUAGUAAAUCUAUACAUACAUACUAUACAUAUGUAUAAACCACAAUCUAGCGCCUUAUGCCCAACUAAAAAUGUUUAGAACAAAAAUCAAAAAACAAAAAAAAACAAGUUUUAUACAUACAGAGAAGUUAGUAAAGUAUAUAAAUGCAUUGAUCAUAUAUAUAUAUAUGCUGCUCAGCCCUCCCUUCCCUCAGAAAAAUACAAACACACACACACAUAUAAUUAAUUGAUAUACAAACAAAAGAAAAUGAAACAGUUAAGAACGCCAAACACUCAGUCUUAGUUUAUUUAAAUGUUUAGUUUAAUUUGUAAACGCGAAAUAUGCUAACUAACAACUUAUGUUAUGUAGUUAAGCAAGCUAAUCAAACUUUUUAAGGCCUGGUUAUGCCCUCGUAAAUGUAGAGCAAAUGUAUCGUAAAUAUAAAGAGCCAAUGAUGCUUAUUAAAAAACGUAGAAUUUGACAUUUGAAACAAAACAAAUUUUUUAACAAAAAAGAGCCUGGCGUCGGAGAACUUCAGGUAUAACUCAAGGGCAGUUCAGAGAAGACGGCCCUCCCCGCAGUGAUGCGAGCAGAUGAGACGACUCCAAUUGAAAGAGUACGCGAUGGCGGCGGAAUAUUGAGAGGGCAUAUAACAACGAUGGGUCGAAAGUUACCGCCCUGAGCCGCACGAAGAGGCAGAAUACGGCCAAGGUUCCCUUCUGGAUACUAUGGAUGCGGUGGGCAGACUGAGUAGGGUAUCAGGAGACGGACUGUAUUGGAGCUAAACAACGACACACACAACAUUUCAGGGAGAGCUACGUGUCAUUACGAUAGACGCAAAAGAACGCAAAAGAAAUUUACAGUUUUCGAAAUCAGUUGUUGCUGUUGCCAUUGUAUGUAGAGGUAGCGAUUCCCGUCAAGCGCGUUCCGGUCCAUAAGACCGAUCGCCGCGGUAAGGUUAUGGCCAUUGGUUAUUUAAAGCCGCCAAUAAAUCGCCUUGCCACAUCGAGUAUCCCAGGCACUCAGUAUAUAAGCAAGAAACGUUGCCGCCCGUGGCCUCUCACUCAGACUCUCCAUUCGUAUACGAAUCAUCCCACUAUUGGCAUGCUGCGGACACGCCUGGUAGCUCUCAGCUGAGCUUCUCGUAAUGACGAUGAACACCGAACAAAUUGGAGGUUAGAGUUUCAACUGAUGUGGUGCUUAUAAUCAUCAUGUGCCGGAUCGAAAUCCGUUUGUGUAUAUGGUGGAACUCAAGGCCGUGGGCUUUAGUAUAGUGAGAGCAUUUUGACCUUUGACGAAGGGAGUGUUUGGAAUACCUAAAUAGAUCCCAGUUUUACGACAUAUUGCUAGCAUGGAUAAGAAGAUACGACAGCGCUUACAACCAACUCUCUUCUGUAAUUUCUUGUUCUAACAUAUAUCUCAUAUUUUCAGUUACUUUUGACAACAGGUCAGACUGGCCACUUUUCAUGGUGGACUACUCAUUCAACCUUAACUAUGAACAAUAAAUUGUAAUAAAUUUCACAGAGAAAUCAUAGAAUAGGAGAACAACAGUUUUCUAAUGUCUUCAAACUUCAAAUUUUAUCAGCUGACACGAAAACGGCUCGUAAAACUACUUUCCGUUUACGGUCGCCAGACAUUCACUAAUCGUUUGCAUGUGUUUUCGUAAAGUAAAACAGAACAGCUGACACGUUUCCUACAUUUACGGUAUGUUUACGAGAGCAUAACCAGGCCUUUAGACUUUAUUUCACAAUAUAUGAUGCAAAGUUUUUUUCUUCUCCUUGACGACAAGUUUGAAACCUUUGUUUGUUUAUAUCUGUUUAAGUUUUUUUUUAUUCUCUUUCUAAGAAAUCCCUGGUUUAAGGGUUUUGUUGUAACAUCUUAAAAGUAAAUUUAAAAUUUAACAAAUGUUUUCUUUUUGUUUAGGAAGCAUCUUCGAUAUAGUUUUAAUUAGUCAUCUUUAGUAGCCGCUUUGUUUUAUAUGAUAUAUAUAUAUAUAUAUAAUUUUUUUUGUUUAUGAUUUCUAUUACAUAUUUUUGUUAAUAUUUAUGAUUUUAAAAUGUUAAAACAAUACAACAACAAUUAUAAUAAUAAUAAUAACAAUUAUAUAAAAAAAAACAAUUUGUUACAUUGCCCAGUGAGAUAGAAUCGAAAAAAUACUAGUAAAAAUUUUGCCGUUUGGGAGUUUUCAAGGUUUAUUGCAAUUUUCUGAAAGCCAAAAUAAAACAGUUUUCGAAAAAUUGAAAUUCUCUCUCCCAUAAAUUUCCUCUCCCCAUUCAAUUAGAUUAGGAGGAUUUUAUUCGAGGGAGAAAUUGAAAAAUUAAUUCCCUGGGAGUUUUCAGAAUCGGGCUGAAUAUAUAUUUUUUUUUAUUUUGCAGACAAAAGCGUUCUUUAAAAACAAAAAAUAAAUACUGUCUGAAUUUCUUUCACAAAAAUACCUAAAACCCAUUUUGGGCAAAGAUGGUUUCCAAAUCGCCAUUAUUAUAAAUAUUCCCCCACGUUUUCCGGUUGGCGAAGGCUUAGACGAAUUUCAAAAAUUUUACAAAAUGGUAUUAUGUUUCCCGAAGGUUUAAGUGGCAGUCUGCCAUCAGGCUCACUCAGACGUUUUCAUCUAUUGUGAUACCACAGGAACAGAAGAAAGAAGAUACCCUCUAGUUCCUACCGUUGAACCAUCCAGAUCGCUUUAAAAGCCCAAAAGCCUACUGCCAAAUUUGACGAAAACGAUCGAUAUAUAAGUUAAUUGCAUUCUAGGCUACACUUCUACUAGAGCUGGCAAAAUAUCGAUGACACUAUUGAUAUUUAAUUUUUUUACAGAAUAUCGAUUGAUAUUUUUCCGAUGGAAACUAUCGCAAAAGUUAAAUUUUUGCAAAACUAAAAAAAAAUAAGCAAUCCGACACCGAAUGUAUACUUAAAUAUACAUUGCUCCUAUAGAGGGCGCUAUUUUCAUCCGAUUAGGCAAACAUUUUGUACAAUGAUUUCUCUCAUGACUUCUACUAAAUCGAUUUCCUGAUUUUCACUUCUCAUUUUCGUUUGAUAUAUAGGUGAUGGGAAAUUAACGAUAGUAUCGCUACUUUCGAUAUUUAUUAUUAAAAAUAUCGAAUGGUGCGUUUAUCGAUAGUUUGUCAGCUCUAUGCAGAGUUUAUAUCACAGCACAUCUGAUGUAUGGUCAUUGUAAUAGUAUUGGUGAAAACAAAGGUGUAUGCAUCACAUGUACACAUAACCAUCAGUCAUGGCUGAAAAAUCAAAACCAUUUUGUUUUUUCGAUGAAUGGCGUCCAUCGAAAGAAAUGUGUAAUCUUUAAUUGACAGAUAUUGAAAAACACGUUCUGUGUCAGAUAAAGUUAUAAAAGGAGAAGUAAAGUAUGAAAAAUUAAAUAAAAGCAAAGAGAAGAGAAAAAUUUGUGUACCGUUUUUGGUAAAGGCUACAUGUAUACACGAUGAGUACGAUCAUGAUAUGCGGUCUAAAAGGGCCAUAACUUAUACCCGUUGUCGAAGCGAAAAUCGACAGCAGUCGUAGUGGAGGACGAAUUUCACAUGUCGUGCUAUUCUGAGGCCACAGUAGCGCACAUGCUGAAGGCCUGGGUUCGAAUCCUGGCGAGACCAUCAGAAAAAAUUUGCAACGGUGGUUUUCUCUUCCUAAUGCUGGCAACAUUUGUGGGGUACUAUGCCAUGUAAAAACUUCUCUCCAUAGAGGUGUCGUUCGGACUCGGCUAUAGAAAGGAGGUACCUAAUCAUUGAGCUUAAACUUGAAUCGGACAGCACUUAUUGAUAUGUGAGAAGUUUGCAACUGAUCCUUAGUAGAAUAUUCAUGGGGAAAAUUUGAAAUUUUGGUAUUCUGUUACUUAUUCGCCUUGGACUGUUUGGUAAUAGAAAUAUAUAGCGGAAAGUAAGAAAAUUAGCACCCUUAUUCCCGAUGUCAAAGGCGAAAAUCGACAUCAGUCGUAGUCAAAGCCGAAUUUCACAUCUCGUGGUAUUCUGUAAUUUAUUCGCCUUCGACAAUUUGCUAAUAGAAAUCUAUUAUGGUAAAUAACAAAUUAAUAUAAAAGUAGUGCAAUUAAUUUAUAUAUCGAUCGUUUUCGUCUGAAAAAAAAAAAUCGUCAUCGAUAGCCGAUAUCAUUUUGUAAAAAUUUAGAAAUUCGACAACGCCAUCUCCAACCAGCAGGAUUCACUGAAUAAGGUUGAGCCAAGCAAUCAGCCGACAUACAAUUUGUUUAGUUUUUGGGAGUACUUGGCAUUGAGGAUGUUAACUUGUUCUCUUUGUACAUUCAUCCUAUGUUUAUAUUUCCUCCUAUAUGAUGAAAUUUUCAAUCGACAGAUUUGACAUGCCAAAAGAUGUUAAUGGGGCCUAUCCACUUUAUGAUUUUGCAAGUGACUUAACCUUCUAUUAGUGAAUCCUGGCCAACCAGAAUAAGAGGGAAUAUAAAAGUAGGUUCCACACUCUUUCGACAAAUAGACAUGAUGUAGUUUGCAACUAACUUAUGUGUCCAUUGUUUUCAUCAUAUUUGACAGUUGAAUUCGUCUUACGUGAUACCAAAUAUGGAAAAGAAUUUUCGUCUUCGACAACCAUAAUACCAUUUUGUAAAAAUUUCGAAAUUCGACUACGCCAUCUACAACCGGAAUAAGGAUUAAUGUUUUUAUUUACCACAAAUUUUCAAAAAAUUUAGGUAUUUAAGCAUUUUUUUUAAUAGAUGCUAAUAUUUAAGAGCGCAAAUGUUUAAAUCGAUCAUGAUUUAUAAAAAAUGUUACAUUAAAAAGUGUGUAAAAGUGGUAUAACAACCAUUAAAUAGGAGAUGAAAUUUCAUACGAAACAAAAGCGCUCUCAAUCACGUAUGCGGUAUUUUGGUCCCUGGUCUUGUCCAAAAUUAAAAAAAAAAUAAAAGUCAAAUAUACCCGAAGCCGUCGGAGAUAUUGAACUUAAAUGGCCUUUUUUGUAGAGAAAUUUUUGAAAAUUGGUCUACAAAUGAAGAUUUGGCAGCUCGAAUAAAUUUUCGAAAUGCCGGGGUGACCCAACAUUCGAGGCACUCGGAUCAACCAGGGCCUUGUUAUUUUGAUUUUGGGAACGGUAGAUUUUUUUUAUAAUUUUUUUUUAUUCUAUCUCACUGUGCAUUGUUUUUGAACAUAUAAUUGCAUGACAGUGAUGUAGUCCAAUUGAUUAGAUUUCUUUUUAAGAAGUUUAAACUAGAUUUAAAUUAAAACAACAUUAGAAAAUCCCCAAUAAGAACUUCUUUCCGAGAUCAUAUUGACAUUUAUUCAAAACAAGUCUAGUCUUUAUCUAGUUGCGCAGUAAAUUUAAAGGGUGUGAAACAGAUGUUCUAUUGGUUUAAACAUUUAAUCAGGCCUGUUGCGAUUUUUGAAAACUCGAAACCAAAGAUUUUCUUUGGCUUAUUAUUUUAUCAAAUCUCUUUUCAGUAAGAGGAGCCUUAAGUGAUUUCAAAUUUUAAAGCAUAAGAUUUGGAAAAUAUGCGUAGGGGAAUUUUUUGCGUUUUUCGAAUUCGAAAACUGGAACACGCCUGUAUAAUUCUAAAAGCGAUUGAAAAAUUUCCUUAAAAAAUAGCUUUUCAUAAAACAGUGAAUGCCGCCCCCCUCUCGCUUAAAAUCCAUUUAAACCCCCUUUACACUGCUCUUUAAAUCCGGAUUUAAUGGUUCGAUCAUCUGUUUUCCCUAUAUACAAAUCAGCUGACGAGAGCCUUAAAUGCGGAUUUAAUGUCCAAUGUAAACAGGGUUUUAUACUGCUCAUUAAAUUCAGAUUCAUGGCUCAUGUCAGCUGAUUUUAUAAUGGAAAAACAUGAUAGAGCCAUGAAAACAGGGGCGUACUGAAAAAUGUGUGCAAAUUUGAACAAAUUAUUACUGGAAGUCUUUCACGUACUUUAUUUGCCAGCAGAAGAGAGCGGGAGAGUACUGGAGGUUUUUUUUCCUUAUUUCCAGCAUUCUUAUCCUUUCAAAAAUUUGUGCAAAUUUGCACAAAUUAUUACUGGAAGUCGUUCGCGUACUUUAUUUGCCAGAAGAAGAGAGCGGGAGAGUGCGUGAGAGCGAGUACAAUUUGAAGUGUUUGGUAAUUGAGAGCUUGCAAAUUUUUACUGGUGGUUUUUUCCCAGCAGAAAUUUGCAGCAAUGAACAGCUGUUUUAUGAAAUUCAGCUGUUUAAUUCAAAUAAAAAGCAAUAGAGAGUAAAGUUUGUUCUUACUCUCCUGCAAAUUUUUAAUGGAAAAGUACGCGAACAGACCUAUUGCUAUCAAUUAUAAUAAAAUGAGAGGAAA